AGGCAAAAACCCUUGACAUUCCGAGGUUAUCAUCAUCAACGGGAAAUAAGGGCUCCGUGUCAUUUCCUCAGAUCAUAUUGGGGUCGACGAAGGGAAUAAUUAGGAACGAGAUUUGAAAAGAAAAUGGGUAUUCAAGGGCUCUUACCAUUGCUUAAAUCGAUAAUGGUGCCGAUCAAUAUCAAGGAGCUCGAGGGCUGUUCUGUAGCUGUCGACACUUAUUCAUGGCUUCACAAAGGUGCCCUCUCUUGUAGCCGAGAGCUCUGCAAGAAUAUACCCACCUCCAGGCACAUCGAAUACUGUAUGCAUAGAGUGAAUUUACUACGCCACCAUGGAGUGAGGCCUGUUCUUGUCUUUGAUGGAGGUUUUUUACCAAUGAAGUUAGAACAAGAGAACAAGCGUGCAAGGUCAAGAAAGGAAAAUCUUGCGCGUGCGAUAGAGCAUGAAGCAAAUGGAAAUUCCAAGGCUGCAUAUGAAUGUUACCAAAAAGCCGUAGACAUUUCACCUUUUAUUGCACAUGAGUUGAUACAGGUUCUAAAGCGGGAGAAUGUUGAUUACGUUGUUGCUCCCUAUGAGGCCGAUGCACAAAUGACGUUCUUAGCUGUUACAAAACAAGUCGAUGCCGUUAUCACUGAGGAUUCUGAUCUUAUACCUUUCGGCUGCCCAAGAAUUAUUUUUAAGAUGGACAAGUUUGGUCAGGCCGUAGAGUUUCGUGCUUCCAUGUUACAUCGGAAUAAAGACCUCAGUUUUUCAGGAUUUUCAAAUCAGAUGCUUCUCGAGAUGUGCAUCCUGAGUGGUUGUGAUUAUUUGCAGUCACUUCCAGGAAUGGGUCUCAAAAGAGCACAUGCUCUAAUUACAAGGUUCAAAAGUUACGACCGGGUGAUUAAGCACUUAAAGUACAACACAGGUUCAGUUCCUCCUCUUUAUGAGGAAUCGUUCAGGAAAGCCAUAUUGACAUUCAAGCAUCAACGUGUCUAUGACCCGAAAAUUGAAGAUAUCGCACAUCUGUCUGUCAUGUCAGAGAGUCUUGUUGAAGAUUCAGAGUUCUUGGGCCCAAUGUUGCCACAGUAUAUUGCUAAGGGUAUAGCACAAGGCAUUCUCGAUCCGUUCACGCAGAUGCCAUUCCAGAUAGAGAAUGUUGCUCCUCAACUGGUCGUCAACAACAUUGGCCAUCCCAAAACUUUAAGGCCUGAAAGUGUGAAGAAAAAACUAGAUUUACCUGUCCAAAAAAAUCUCCUGACCAAGUAUUUCUGCUUUGCAUCUCUUGAGGCAAAAAGAAAGUUUAGGGCUCCUAGGAUGUCGUCAACAUCUGCAAGUCCUACUGAUGACUCUUCAAGCACUCCUGAGGAAAAUACAACAGUCGUGGAGGCUUCCCUGAGCGAGGAAAGUGACUUGUUGGCAUCCCCAUCGUUUGUCCACAGAUCAGACAAUGCAUCCCAGGAUGAGAACGGAUCUGGCAGAGAAGUUGCAGAGGAAUCAGGUUCAGAAAAUAAUGUCCAUGGUGAUGGAAUGGUAGGGAAUCACCAAGAAUCUGGUCAUCAUAACAUCAAAGAGCAAGUCGAGAGACUGAAGACAGAAGGCGUGAAGGUUAUAGUAAGAAGCAAAUAUUUUGUCCACAAGCAGAGGGGCAAACAUCUUAGUGAUUGCUCUAUGAUUGAUCGGCAAAUGGAUUUUAAGACUCAGAUAAAUGAGCAAAGGGCAUCUCGAGGAGAAGAGAGACCAACGGAUAUCAGAACAAGUCCACAUUUACACCGUAAGCGAGUUUUUGAGGACCAUCACAACUGGAAAGAUGGAGUUCUCUUUGCAACAAACAGGGCUCUCACUGAUUCGAACGUCCAGAGGAGGAACCACCAGAAUGAUAAAAACGAAAAUCGAUCUGUUCUUGAGACCCUUUCUGAUUUAGAUACACCUGAAAAUGCUACACCUCUCUCAACUAUUCCAGGCAAUACCGGCUCAGAAGCUACAACGGGGAAAAGGAAAACAUUGACAGAUGACAACCUCCAUAAGGAAAAUUUCAACCCCAAGCAUUUGCGAGCAGAUGAAACUUCUCCAGGAUGCCGUGAAGAUGGUAAUGGGGAAACAUUGUUCGAAAGCAGAGAUGAAACCAAGUUCGGAUCCAACAUUUCACACUUAGGGCAUUACUCGGAGAUAGCGGAGAAAUCAGUGGGGAAAAUCGUGUCAGCGAUAUCAUCUUUCAGGUACUCUGGCUCUGGUUCUCGAGCAAGCGGCCUAAGAAGAGCCCCCCUCAGAGACGUCCAAAACACUUUUUCCGAACACAAGAGGUCAUCUCGUAAUCCUAAACCAGACUUGAGCCAGUUUGCGUAUGUCCCAAGCAACAGAAACACCAGAGGGAGAUCACGAAGUUAGGAAGAGACUCUCAGGUUUUUUGGUCGUGUUAUAACGAAUCUUAAAUGUGUAGAACAGUUCUGAGAGAGAGAGAGUGUAGAUUUUCUUAACAGCGAGACACGUGAAGAUUUGGACAGUUUUUUUUUUUUUUAUACGGUCUCUUCUCUUGUCUUUGGUGAGCAAUGAUCAUCUAUUAUCUCCUGACACGCA